AUGGUGCGCGAACGGCUGAAUGCCAUCGACGUGGCAGCCGUCGUAGGCAACCUCCAAAAGGAUAUACUGCACUAUAACCUCGUGAACAUCUACGAUGUUACGAGCCGCGUCUACGUGCUCAAGUUCUCCAAGAACGAGGACAAGAAGUUUGUGCUGUUCGAAAUCGGCCAUCGCAUUCACACGACGCAGUUCCUGAGGAACACGGACCACCUCCCUUCUAACUUCAACGUCAAGCUGAGGAAACACCUCCGGACGAGGAAGCUCAGGGGAAUCGCACAAAUUGCGCAGGAUAGGGUCGUGGAUUUCACAUUCAGCUCUGAUGAAUAUGCCUACCACCUUAUCGUGCAAUUUUUCUUACCAGGAAACGUAUACUUAACGGACUACCAGUACAAGGUACUGGCUGUGCUUCGCCCGCAAAAUGCGGGGGAGGCGUUUUUCAAAGUUGGACAGACGUACGACAUACCGGAGGCCACUGUGCCAUGGGGAGUGCCAGUAUCAAGGGACGUCAUAAAUGAGGCGUUGCGUAUGUUGGCAGCUGGAUCUGGUGAACUUGACUCCAUCGACGGCGGUAAUGUAGACAAGGGGAACCAUGCCGCGUCGAAGGGUGCAAAAGGGAAUCCGAAGGGCAAAUCACAGGCGGGGACCAAAGAAUCUAAGGCGGAGUCGGAGGAAAUUUCGAAUGAAGUCAAGGAUCAAGGAAGCCUGCAUGCUCUCCUGAAGGCAAUCUUUCCCAGCGUUCACGUUGCGCUGAUGGAUCAUGUCCUCAAAACUGCGACUGGCGAUGCCCAUAUGGGAUCUAGAAAUGUGACAGAGGUCGAACCUGAGAAGCUGCACGAAUGCGUGGAAGCUAUCCGACAGGCUGUCCUUUCAGUGGCACACGCGAGCACUGUUGUGCCGGGGUACCUAUACAAGGGGGCGCAAGAGUACCACGACUUCAGCCCAUUCGACUUCGGUAACGCUGCUGACAUGUAUGAUGAUUUUAAUCAUGCACUGGAUGCGUAUUUCACAAAAUUUGAGAUCAAAAAAAUUGAAAAGGAGGCACAACCGAAGAAGCCCAUUAAAUUGAAGAAAAUUAAAGAUGAUCAGGACCGGCGCGAGCUAAAACGGCAAAAGGGAAUUGAAAAAAUAACAAGUGACAUUGAACUGGUUGAAAGCAAUCGCGUAGUUUUCGACCAAGUGCUGUCUCUUAUAAGAUCUUUGGUGGCGUCUGGUGCUUCCUGGAGGGAAAUAGUAGACCAGCUGUCGCUUCAGCGCGAACGUGGGCAUCUGUUGGCCAGGCAUAUCAGGUCAGUAAACAUCCCGGAGCGCCGGGUGGAUGUUUGUCUGCCUUCCGAUGACCCCCAUUUUUACGGAAGCGGGCCAUCGCAGCACGGGAAAUUGGGCAAAAAGAGUGUAAAGAGUACCUUGGAAACAACCGAUUUGGACGACAGAUCUAGCGCAACAUUAGACUACGGCCUUACCUGUUUCCAGAACCUCGAGACCCUGUAUGCGAACAAGAAACAACUCGCCGAAAAGCUGGAACGCACACGGAUAGGUCGCGAAUUCGCUCUGAAGCGCGUAGACGACCAAAAGGAAAAGGAGAAACAAAAGAAGUCGGGCAAGUCAGUCUCCCUCGUCAAAGUACGCAAGCGAAUGUGGUUCGAGAAGUUUCACUGGUUUGUCACUAGUGACGGGUUUUUGGUUCUAGGCGGUCGUGAUUCGACGCAGAACGAGCUGCUGGUGAAGCGUUACCUUACCAAGGGUGAUUUGUACUUCCACGCCGACGUUCAUGGUGGUUCAAGUUGUAUUCUAAAGAACCCCAACGGAACCGCUGAGAGCUUCCCGAAUUCCAUCGAGGAGGCAGCAUGUUUCGCCAUCUGUUUAAGUUCUGCGUGGACGCAGAAGAUGGUGGUACCUGCAUGGUGGGUACACCACGAUCAGGUUUCGCGCUCGGCACCCACAGGAGAGUACCUACCCCACGGUAGCUUUAUGAUACGUGGCAAAAAGAACUACGUACAACCGCAGCGACUGGAGAUGGCAAUUGGCGUGAUGUUCCACAUCGAUGCACCUCAGUUGCAAGAUGUAGACAUAGAGCAACAGUCAGACUCUGAUGGCGUGGAUGAUGAAUUCAGCGAUGAUUCCGAGGCAUCAGACAGCCCUGUUCCCCAGGAGGGAUUGGGCCGUAUUAAACGUCAAGGCACCUCCGGCCUACCCUUAUUGGGUAAUAGGGGGAAAGCUGGAGAUAGUGUCUCUUUAAUAGAAGACGGAGACAAUGAUGCGGAUAGCGUCGACCCCGAUGGUGAUGACCAGGUGUACGACGAUCGUGGUGUCGCGUCUGAGGAGGAUGCCAGUGGGGCUGAUGACGACUCCAAUGCUGAGGAUGACGCCGAAUCAGAUGACAGUGAUGUCACAGAUGACCUUCAGGAGUCUGGCGCUAGUGAUUCGUCAUCGGACUACACGGGUGAAUCAGAUUUGGAGGAUGACUCCAAUCUUUCUCUUGGAGAAGUGGUGGAUAACGAUUAUCCAACAGAUAAAGCUAGUGUCGAGGGUAACGAAGCGCUCAUAAAUGGGCAUAUGAAUUCAUCGGAUACAACUUCGGGAACCGAGGUGGUGGAAGCGGAUCCUGUAAACAGCUCCGUUGGGGCCGCCGUUGACAACAAAACACCAAGUAAACCAAGACGUUCUGUUAGAUUCGACAUGUCAAACAUCGUUCCAUCGACGAAUAAGGUCAGCGACUCCCCACACGCGCAUCGUCUACUGAGGAAGGGUACUGGGUAUCCUUGCCAAGGAUUUAACCCCGAUGAACUGAUGGACAAGUUGUCUCAAUUGGGAUUAGUAGACGCCGACCAAUCAUAUGAGCUCCCUCCCACUGUGCGAUUCACAGAGCCCGAGAAAGUGGAGCACACUCCUGAAGCGUUACAGUGUCUCAGGCGGCGAAUGCCCACGGGAAUGUUCGGGAAAUCGAAGAAGCAGCAAGGACCGUCCAAGCUUGCCGGCAUCAAAGCAGCCCGCGCAAGGAAGAAAUACGGCGAGGACGACGAAGAAACGCAAGAACUGAGGCGCAAACUCACAGGCUCAAAGGUGCUGAAACACGUGGAACAACAAGCUGCCGCUGCAACGGCAAGCGAUGACCGGUCGGACGAGAACAAGAGCAGGACUGUUUAUCAGCGAAAGGAAAUAAAGCCACUGGACAAAAAGGAGCUGUCUUCCCACAUGGACCAGCUGCGUAUGCUGUCGAAGGAGCCGGGCCCCGCCGACGUCAUCAUCAGCGCCAUUCCGAUGUGUGCUCCUUACAAUGCGUUGAAGAGCCACCCAUACCACCUGAAGCUCGUGCCCGGUAACCUCAAGAAGGGAGCCAUCGCAUCACAGGCUCUACAUCACUUCCUCAAGGUCGACGAAACGAAGGCUCCGUACGUGAAACUCAUCACCACGGAUCAAUUUGCGCUCACGCUCAUCGAGAACUGCAAGAUACCAGGAGGCGCCCCUGGCCCCAAACGGCCUUCAAACACAGCCAAGUAG